AUGGUUCGAAUUGCGCUUGCCGCUGCCUUGGUGGCCUCUGCUGCUGCUGCCCCCAACGGGGACGCACUAAAACGUGCCGAUAGUUCGGCGGCCAUUGUACCAGGAUCCCCUGCCGCAGCGAACUCGACGAUUGCUACUGGUACUAUCCUACCCACUGCAUCAGCAACGACCAGCACAGCUCCUAUCAAUACCACUGCCCCCAAUACUCCAGUACCAACUGGGGUUUUGCCCGAUGAUUACUUUGUAAAAGGAAAUACCCCAAGGACCUGGUCUCAAGCUCUUGCUCUUGCUGCCAAGUUUGUUGCACCAAUGUCUAUCGAGGAAAAAACGGCUUUGACUACCGGCGUUGGAUUCGGUAGCUCUCGCUGUGUAGGAAACAUCAUCGACCAGCCUAAAUACAAAUUUCCGGGCCUUUGCUUGCAAGAUAGCCCAUUGGGAGUGCGACUGACGGAUCGUGUCAGUGCAUUCACAGCUGGGAUCAACGCCGCUGCUACAUGGGAUCGAAACCUCAUUCGUGCGCGCGGGGUGGCCUUGGGAGAAGAGUUCCGCGGCAAGGGUGUCAACGUUGCACUGGGCCCGGCGAUGAAUCUCGCUCGAGUUGCCGCUGGAGGGAGGAACUGGGAAGGCUUUGGUGCAGACCCGUAUUUGAGUGGAGAAGCAGCAUACGAAACAAUUCUUGGUAUACAGAGUACUGGCGUGCAAGCAUGUGCAAAACACUACAUAAACAACGAGCAAGAGAUCAAGCGAGAUGCUUCUUCGUCUGACGUGGAUGACCGAGCCCAACACGAGCUAUAUGCACACCCCUUUUUGCGCAGUGUGGCUGCCGGGGUCGCAAGUUUCAUGUGCUCGUACAACCAAAUCAACGGAACUUAUUCUUGCGAGAACGAUAAGGUUCUGAAUGGUAUUUUGAAGACCGAGUAUGGUUUCCCAGGUUAUGUUAUGUCUGACUGGUGGGCCACCCACUCUACUGAGUCAGCUAAUCGCGGCCUUGAUAUGGAGAUGCCCGGCGGGCUUGGUUGGGGAAUCCCCGCAUCUUCGGCUUGGCUCGGCGGAAACUUGACUCAAUGGGUAAAAGAUGGACGUAUCCCCGAGGCGAGAUUAACGGAUAUGGCAACCCGUAUUAUCGCAGGCUGGUACCUGACUGGACAAGAGAAGGGCUACCCUGCUGUCAACUUCAACACUCCUACAAUUGACAGUGGCCCACUCAAUUUACAUGUGGAUGUGCAAGGAGAUCAUUACAAGGGGAUCCGCGAGAUGGGUGCUGCUUCUACGAUCUUGCUUAAGAAUACCAAAGCAACGCUGCCUUUGAAAAAGCCGGUAUCUCUGGCAAUCAUUGGCUCCGACUCAGCACCACCUCUUCGCGGGCCCAAUGGGUUUACCGACCGGGCCGGCGUCGAUGGCACCCUUGCCAUGGCUUGGGGGUCUGGCACGACCGAGUUCCCUUACCUUAUUUCGCCCCUGGAAGCUAUUCAAGCCCGUGCAAAACAAGAUCAUACUUCAGUCAGUUGGCAUACCCUCGAUUGGGAUACGGCCGGCGCAAAGACACGAGCUAAAGACAAGGAUGUAGCCAUUGUUUUUAUCAAUAGCGAUUCCGGCGAAGGCUACUUGACUGUUGAUGGCAACCGCGGAGAUAGAAAUAAUUUGACCGCAUGGAAUAACGGAGAUAACCUUGUCCGAGAAGUUGCUAGUGCGAAUUCCAACACGGUCGUAGUUGUGCACUCGGUUGGCCCUAUCAUCAUGGAACCAUGGAUCGACAAUCCUAAUGUUACUGCGGUUCUUUGGGCUGGGCUUCCAGGUCAGGAAUCAGGUAAUGCCCUAGUUGAUGUCUUGUAUGGCGCAGUCAAUCCAUCAGCAAAGCUUCCGUAUACUAUUGCCAAACAGCGAUCUGAUUAUGGUACUGAGGUCGUUUAUGAUGAGAGCAACGGUAUCCCACAUAUCCCGUAUAGUGAAGGAUUGUUUAUUGACUAUCGCCACUUCGACAAGAAUAAUAUCACUCCCCGGUUCCCCUUCGGCUUUGGAUUAUCUUACACAACCUUCAGCUAUGCGAACUUACGUGUAUCUAGAUCCACAAAGGCUAGCACUGGGAGCGAGGUGUCGGGAUGGGAGGCAGGCAAGGUCGCUCCCAAGGUCAAGGGUGCAUCUCUUGCACCAUGGCUUCAUGCGCCUUAUUACGACGUGUCCUUCGAUAUCAAGAACACCGGCCAGGUAGUAGGACAUGAGGUUGCGCAGCUUUACAUCCAGGCACCAGCUUCGGCAAAUUCUCCGCCUAACCAACUUAGAGGCUUUGCUCGGGUUGCACUCAAGCCGGGACAGACCCAGCGUGUGAACUUGACUCUGUCUCGAUACGAUCUAUCGGCCUGGGAUGUCGCUCGCCAAGGUUGGGCGAAAAUAGACGGACAAGUGGGGGUUACUGUAGGAGCCAGCAGCAGAGAUUUCCGUCUAAAGGGUAUUUUUGCUUGA